UUGUAAACAAAGCAGAAUCUUCAUAGGAAUUGCGUAUUAACAACAAUUUAUUUAUUUUAUAGCAAAAAAUGGAUUUAAAUAACCGGCUCAUUGAGGCAGUGCGACAGUGCCCCUUACUAUACAAAAACAAUGCAUCCUUAUCGGACCGUAAGUGUGGUUGGCAGCAAAUCGCGCAACAAAUGAAGAUGCAAGAGGCCCUCUUGAAGAGUCGUUGGCAUUUUUUACGCGAACACUACAAACGAAAUGCCUUGGCAGAGAACCAGAUGGCCACCAACCAGUUUCCGUACAAAAAAGAAAUGGAAUUUCUUUUACCAUAUUUGCGCCCACCUCCUCGAGAAGAACCGGAAAACAAAGAAAUGUUGCCAAUAAGUAUAAUAAAGCCGGAAUUUGUUAUUACACAGAAAGAUUUGGAGAGUGACAGUGGCAAUGAAGAAUAUGUGUUUCUGGAAGUAGAAGCGCUUGGCACGGAAUACGAAACGAAUAACGAAGCAACACAGCAGAUAAAUGACCGUGAACUUCGAAAGCAACUACAGCAGGAGCCGCAAAAGGAACAUGAGCAACAACAAGAAGAAGAUGAAUCGGAUGAAAAUGGGCAAAUUGAAGUGGAAGUGCAUAUAAAGCAGGAAAAAACAGAAAAUCAUCAGCGACAUAGUGAAAACCAAAACAACAGUGAACAGUUAAAAAAAGAAAGUGAAGAAGUAGAAGAGGUCACUUGCAAUAGAAAUGGAACCAAAGAAGACGAAGACGUACGUACUCAAAUCCAAGAGGCCUCCGAAGAAAAAGUAGAGACUAAAGUAGAGGUUCGGGAGUCAGAUAGCAGCAGUGAUAAUAUCGGCGCUGAGAGCGUUGCCAUUGAAAAUAGUAGUUCAAAUGAGCGCUCCGAAGAUACUAUUUUUGGUGAAUUAGUCUCUGCAAUGUUAAAGAAAAUGCCUGCAGAGAAAAAGCGGGCCAUCAAGCGCGACAUUAUGAAUCUGUUGUUGACUUAAAGAAUGAAAAGGAAUAGGGAGUCCCGAAACAAAAUUUUAUAUGGGGUUUUUUCUAUUGUUUUAAAGUUACACAUAUUUAUGUAUUUAGAUUUAAAUUUAUGAAUACAUUUAA